GUGUUUCGCUGAUGUUUUAACUACUUUCUGGUGUAUUGUGUUGUACAGUGCGCUAACAGGAGCUGGACUUAGUGUUCUCUGAGUAUGAAUACAGCAUGAGGAGGCGUUUAGAGGAUCAGGAGCCAGUGUUCACCCCACAACAACGCCGCCUUCCUGGCAGCGCCGAGGGCUUCCAGCAUAGGGUUCUUGCCCCGGCGCCCGCCAUAUUUGAGGCUGUGACUGACGCCAUGCAGCCUACUCCAGGAAUACAGUACCCUGUUCCUCAGGGGUAUCAGGUGCCCAAUGUGGCACAAAGCUCAAGUGGUCAUGGUCACACUCCUAGCCCAGCGGUCCACAGCGGGGCUCACCUUCACGGCCCUGCGGUCCAAUCCCACGGCCCAGCGCCAGUGCAAGGCCAAGGCCAAGGCCAUGCCCAUGCACACCCACCCACCCCCUCUGCAUCUGCACAGGGACAGCAGCAGUUCCAGAGACUCAAGGUAGAGGAUGCCCUGUCUUACCUGGACCAGGUGAAGUUGCAAUUUGGCAGUCAGCCACAGGUCUACAAUGAUUUCUUGGACAUCAUGAAAGAGUUCAAAUCUCAGAGUAUUGACACCCCAGGCGUAAUCAGCAGGGUGUCCCAGCUCUUUAAGGGUCACCCUGAUCUCAUUAUGGGGUUUAAUACAUUUCUUCCACCGGGGUACAAGAUUGAAGUUCAGACCAAUGACCUGGUUAACGUGACCACACCCGGUCAGAUCCACCACAUCACACCUCACGGCAUCUCUGUGCAGAACAUCCCCACUGGACCGGCGCCACAGCACCAGAACCAGACAUCUACAAACCCCACCAGCACGGCUUCAACGCCACCCACCCUGCCCACACCGAAAAGCAAGCCGUUGCAGUCUCCGGCUCUGACUCCAAGCAGUCACCCCAAUCCGUCCAUCCCGCCGUACGCUUCCCCACGGUCACCCCCGCCGCAGCCCCUCACCCCCAUCAGCAGUAUGCCCUCCGCCCCGCCGCUGCAGAACAAUCAGCCUGUGGAAUUCAACCACGCCAUUAACUACGUCAACAAGAUUAAGAACCGCUUCCAGGGCCAGCCCAACAUCUACAAGUCCUUCCUCGAAAUCCUGCACACAUACCAGAAGGAACAGCGUAAUGCUAAAGAAGCGGGCGGGAGCUACACACCGAGCCUGACAGAGCAGGAGGUUUACGCUCAAGUAGCUCAGCUCUUCAAGAACCAGGAAGAUCUUCUAUCGGAGUUCGGCCAGUUCCUGCCAGACGCCAACAGCUCUGUGUUGCUGGGCAAGACAACGGCGGAGAAGGCCGAAUCCGUGCGUAACGAUCACGGCGGAACGAUCAAGAAACCACAGCUCAAUAACAAGCAGAGGCCCAAUCAGAACGGUUGCCAGAUCCGCAGACAUUCGACUACAGCUGUCACUCCACCUGUGAAGAAAAAGCCUAAGUUAUUGAAUCUCAAAGAUUCAUCUGUGGCCGACAGCAGCAAACAUGGAGGAACAGAGACUCUUUUCUUUGACAAAGUGAGGAAAGCCUUGCGGAGUGCUGAGGCCUUUGACAACUUUGUACGCUGCCUGGUCCUUUUUAACCAAGAGAUUAUUUCACGUGCUGAGCUGGUUCAACUUAUGGUUCCCUUCCUGGGCAAAUUUCCUGAGCUGUUUACCUGGUUUAAGAACUUCCUUGGCUACAAGGAGAUAUCACACAUGGAGACAUACCCUAAAGAACGAGCGACUGAGGGAAUCGCCAUGGAAAUUGACUAUGCCUCAUGCAAACGUCUGGGCUCAAGUUAUAGAGCUUUACCCAAGAGCUACCAGCUGCCCAAAUGUACUGGCAGAACACCACUCUGUAAAGAGGUGCUGAAUGAUACUUGGGUUUCCUUCCCCUCCUGGUCUGAGGACUCUACUUUCGUCAGCUCAAAGAAGACUCAGUAUGAAGAGCACAUGUACAGAUGUGAGGAUGAGCGGUUUGAGUUGGAUGUUGUCUUGGAAUCAAACCUGGCCACCAUUCGAGUUCUAGAGUCGAUUCAGAAGAAGCUGUCUCGGAUGUCUGCAGAAGAGCAGGCGAAAUUUCAGCUGGACAGCAAUCUGGGCGGCUCCUCUGAGAUCAUCCAUCGAAAAGCCAUUCAGAGGAUAUAUGGAGACAAAGCUCUGGAUAUCAUCGACGGGCUGAAGAAGAACCCAGCAGUGUCUGUGCCCAUCAUACUCAAGAGGCUUAAGCUGAAAGAAGAAGAGUGGCGUGAAGCUCAACGGGGUUUUAACAAGAUCUGGAGAGAGCAGAAUGAGAAAUAUUACCUGAAAUCUCUCGACCAUCAAGGCAUUAACUUCAAACAGAAUGACACUAAGGUUCUGCGCUCUAAAACGCUUCUCAACGAGAUUGAGAGCAUCUUUGAUGAGCGGCAGGAACAGUCUUCGGAGGACAGCAGCAUGCCCCCUAGUGGCCCUCACAUAACACUUACCUAUGAAGACCACCAGAUCCUAGAAGACGCGGCAGCUUUGAUCAUCCACCACGUGAAACGCCAGAGCAGCAUCAACAAAGAGGAAAAAUACAAGAUCAAACAAAUCAUCUACCAUUUUAUCCCCAGCAUGCUCUUUUCCCAGCGGGGGGUGCUUUCGGAUGCCGAGGAAGAGGAUGAUGAAGAAGACAUGGACCUUGACGAGGGAGCAUCAAAGAAGCACAACGGGCUAACGGGAGGAGUUGGUGGCAGCCCGACAAAGUCCAAACUGCUCUUUAGCUCGACCACGGCUCAACGACUUCACUCCUGCGAGGAUGCAUACAAUCUGUUCUUCGUGAAUAAUAACUGGUAUAUAUUUCUCCGGUUGCAUAACACGCUGUGUUCGCGGCUGCUGCGGCUCUACACGCAGGCCGAACGGCAGAUCGAAGAGGACCUGAGAGAGCGCGAGUGGGAGAAGGAGGUGCUCGGACUCAAACGGGACAAAAAUGAAAAUGCCGCCAUUCAGCUGCGUCUGAAGGAGCCCAUGGAUGUCGAAGUGGAGGAUUAUUACUCUGCGUUUCUAGAGAUGGUGCGUAAUCUGUUGGAUGGGAAUAUGGAGGCGUCACAGUACGAAGAUUCUCUCCGAGAGAUGUUCACCAUUCACGCCUACAUUGCCUUCACCAUGGACAAACUCGUCCAGAACAUUGUCAGACAGCUCCAGCACAUAGUGAGUGAAGAGAUUUGUGUUCAGGUGACAGAACUGUACCUGAAUGAAAGCAGUCACUCUGCCACAGGUGGAUCUCUGCUAACUCAGAGCAGCAGAGCAGUGGCUGAAGCAUCUUACCAGCGCAAAGCAGAGCAGCUCAUGUCUGACGAAAACUGCUUUAAGUUGAUGUUUAUGAAGAACCGAGGAAACAUUCAGCUGACAGUUGAGCUGUUGGACACAGAAGAGGAGAAUUCAGAUGAGCCUGUGGAGAUAGAGCGGUGGUCCGAUUACGUCAUGCGUUAUCUGUCGGCUGAUUUCACCUCUCCAGACCUGAGGGAUCAUCUGGCCCAGAAGCCUGUGUUUCUGCCAAGGAACCUACGGCAGAUCCGUAAGUGUCAGCAUGGCCGUAAGUCUCAGGAGAAAGAGGCGAAGGAAGGAGGCAGAAAGGAGAACCCAGAGAGCAUGAGGAUGGAGUGCAUGUUCAAACUGAACUCCUACAAGAUGGUGUAUGUCUUUAAAUCAGAAGAUUACAUGUACAGACGCACAGCACUGCAGAGAGCCCACCAGUCUCAUGAGCGCGUCAGCACGCGCUUACACCAGCGGUUUCAUGCGUGGACUCAGCGAUGGGUGAAGGAGCAUGUGACCAGAGACAUGGCUGCUGAAACCAGCAGGUGGUUGAUGGGAGAAGGGCGGGAGGGACUGUUGCCCUGCUCCACCACCUGUGACCCUGAAAUCCUUCACUUCCAGCGUGUUAAUAAAUACAGAGUCAAGUACGGCAGUGCAUACAAGAGCCAGUGACAUCAGCAAACAGGGCGGAGUGAGGAGCGUAGCUUAGAGAUCACAUGCCAGGGCCAAUCUAAACUGUCAAAUUUGUCCUGUGGCAGUGACAUAUACACAACAUUUUUUUAACAGUGUUUGUUUUUUGUUUUUUUUUCUUUUUAUACAAGCUGUUCAGCAUAAGCGCAUUUCCCCCAGUGCCAAAACACGAAGCUAAUGACCUGUCAGUCAAACUCAGUCUGGACCAAUCAGCACAGCUCUUAAAGCAGACAGCCCACUCACCUGAUAUAUCUUAUUCGUUCUGUAACACUAAAAAGCCGGUUGAGGAUAAAGUGUGUUCCACUGGUUUUGAUAGUGUUAAUAAUAUUCAAAGGCAGCAGAUCUUACUAAAUCUGUGGUAGAAGAGAUGACGUGUCUGAAUGAGAUGCGUCACUGUAAUGACUUUUUAUGAAAACAGAAAACAUGUUCCUAGUUUUGGGAUAAGUGCACUUAACUUGGGAGCGAGAGAUUUAUUCGACCACAUUUCAGAGGAGAGCAAGUAUUUAAGGUGGAAAAAAAAUGUAAUAUUAGAGUGAACAAAUACAAUUUUUAUUGAAAAAGGCAACAAAAAAAAAAAAAAAAAGAGUCGGCAAUAAAGAUCUAUCGGUAUAGAAUUGGUAAACACACUUAUGUCUGCACAGUACACCAGCUUACAUCGAGCAUACAUGUGAACCACAAACACACACAAUUCACCACUUUUGUAAAUAAAGUGUAAAUAUCGCCAGACCUUUUUUAUGCCAGAUGUGCGUGUUGUGUUUAGUGCUUUAGUGUGGCAUUAUGGGAGAAUGAUGCUGGAAUCCAUGUGGGAAACGAUGAAAAAUGCAAGAUGGUUUAUAACCAUUUUUACCAAAGGGAGUUCAUUAUUAAAGGGAUAGUUUGCCCAAAAAUAUAAAUUCUGUCAUUUACUCACUCCUGUUUCAAGGACAUGUUGGACUAAAUGGCAUCCUCAGUCACCUUUCAUUUUCAUUUCAUGGGAAAAUAAUGCAAUGAGAGUGAAUGGUGAUGAGUUUUGAGUGACAUGAGAAGUAAAUGACAGAAUUGUCAUGUUUAAGAGAGCUAUUCCUUUAAGGUUGGGGUUUAUUUUUGUUUUCUUUCUCCUUUGUGUGUUUUCUUUGUUUUCUUAGUUAAAUGUUAAUUUCGAAAAGUAGAAAUGUAUCCAGGUUCUUGUUUUUGAAAUGGAAGAUUUUAUAAGAAAAAAAAAAAUCAUUUUAAUUUUUGAAGUUUGAAUAUGGAUCUCGUUUUCUGUACACUUUUAUCACUUGACAGUUUUGGGAAAAUAAAUCUUCAGCUGUGUCCUCUGGCAAAUACACAACUCUAUGAAUGUAAAGGUCUUUAUCGUUGUCAGAUGUUUCAGUCUUCACUCUGGAUAGAUUUCUGCUGGACAAAUAUAAAUAUAAAUAUCUAUACACAUUUUAAAAAUGAGUCAAAAUGCAUGUCUUUUCUGUGGAUCAUUAUAGACCCUUUAUUUGCAUAUUAUUUAAAUGAAUAAAAAUUACAUUUGUA